AUGACUUACACGGUCGUAAUGCUCGUAUAUCGCAACCCUCAGAUGACACCUGAUAAAUUCAGAGACCACUACGAAAACAAACACAUCCCCUUCAUGAAGAAGCUUCUUGGGGUCAGCUUCCCCCUCUCGCAUUCUCGAAGAUAUAUCCUCCGCUCUGACGCGGAUGGAAAACAUGCGGCAACCAUUGUCGCCGGAACUCAAGCCGACUUUGAGUUUGACUGUGUGUCCGAACUCAAGUUCGAGAGUGAAGCCGACUUCCAGAGCAUGUCCGCUUUGCUUUCUAGCGCCGAGAACUCCGCAGCUGUAGGAGAGGAUUGCAUGGCAUUCAUGGACCCCGGAAAGACGAAGAUGGUUGUGAUUGGGGAGGUGAACAUUACUUCUAGCUGA